GCCCGAGAAGCUUGCAAUCAGAUGUUGCUUGGCGUUAUGUGCUGGGAUCCCACAUAGCUCUCAAAGCUUUGCACGACGAAGACCUCAAGUGUCUAACACAUCCUUCAUAGCUUUUUCGGCAACGAUCCCGAUGUCCCUCCUGUCCUCAGAACAUACUUAGCCAUAACUUGUUUCGGUGUAAACAUCAAUCUUGACCCGAACUCAGCAAAUUUCAACAUGACCACACCUAAAAUACAACGAGAGUACCUGUUCAAAGACGAUCCAAGGCAACCCGAAGUGCAUUGUUCCACCAUACAGGCUGCCUGUGGGGUGGAGUACGUGACAUGGUUUGGCGGAACAAAAGAGGGUACUUCAGACGUGAAAAUAUGGUUCUCAAAGUGCACAAAUGGAUGCUGGACCCCACCCCGUGUCAUCGCAGGAAGCGGCGAUAUCGUACACUGGAAUCCAGUAUCUUUUCUUCCGGAUCCGAAAGGUGCUCCAGGACAUCUCUACGUCUUCUAUAAGACGGGAACUCCUAUCCCGACCUGGAAAACAUAUGUAAUAGAGACUAUCGAUGGGGGAAAUACAUGGACAGAGCCUCGAGAGCUGGUACCUGGAGAUCACAGUGGUGGGAGAGGUCCUCAAAAGAACCCUCCAAUUGUUUUGUCCAAUGGUGACUGGCUUUCGGGCGCAAGUAAAGAAGUCACGCUAGAGGGAGGAAAGGGUUUAUGGGACGCAUUCGCAGAUAUAGCUCCCACCCCCAAGGAAGGAGAUACAUUCAAGCAGGGUGAGAGGUGGGUCAAAGCCGAGUUCAUCAAGCUACCAGCAGAUAGAGGUGUUGAAGGAGGAUCUUUCCCCGGAGAAGGAAUCAUCCAACCGUCCUUAUGGGAAUCUGCUGAUAAACCAGGACACGUACACAUGAUGUGUCGGAGCUCUAUCGGAAGAAUCGUUCGUGCAGAUUCAGAAGAUUACGGAAGAACAUGGACACCAGGUUAUGCAACAGAUUUGCCAAACAACAAUUCAGGUCAGUGCGUUACCCGUCUUAGAGAUGGUCGGCUGGUGGCCGCCGUCAAUGACGUAUACAAGAACUGGGGUCCUCGAACGCCCCUAGUACUGAAAGUGAGCUUUGAUGAUGGCGAAACGUGGUCUCCUUGGUGCACUUUGGAGGAUCAAGCACCGCCAGCAAGUUUCCAGAGGGUUAUAGCGCUUGAGACUGGGAUCGUGAACGAUGGUAAAUCAGAGUUCUCAUAUCCUACGGUAACUCCGACGGCCGAAACUGACGAGAUUGGCGUUUGGGUGAGCUAUACAUGGCAAAGGAGAGGUAUCGCUGUAUGCAAAGUAACGGAUGGGGAGUGAAUGCAAUCUGAUAAUUAUCCAUGG